AUGCGCUUUCCUUGGCCUUUUCUCCUCCUGGCCCUGACGGCGGCUGCCGACGAAGCGGCGGACGUUGCGUGCCUUUUGUCGGCGCGGCGGCCGCGUCGGAAGCGGCGGCACGAACGACAGUAUCAACAAGGCGACAAGAACCUUUCGGAUUGGCACUAUGACAGCGAGGGUGGCACACGUCAAGACAUCAUCAUCGACAAGAGCGAGGUCUAUGGGAAUGUCAUUGCUGGCAACAAUGCUGGUGACAUCCACUCAAACUUUGUGGAGAAUACGGUUCGUGAUCGCAGCAUCAGUGCUGGUGAUACGGAGUUCCUUCCUGGCUUCUUCAUGAACAGGGCAGUGAGGAAGGCUGGGCAAAGGCUGAAAAGGAAAGAGCCCGCCCCUGCACGGCCGCUCGAGGAGGAAUACAUCAAGGACUUCAUCAAUUCACCUCAACGUGAAGCUUUGAGCACCCUUUCCUUCUUGGUGGACUUGAAACUCAAUGAAGCGCUGCCCAAAGCAUUGCAAGCAGUAAAUUUGCCGCGAAACUACCCAGAACAAGUGGAGUAUAUGCUGGAAAAGGUGAACGAGACGUGCAAGCGCCGAACAGGCAAUGCCGUCGUGGUAUACCUGCAACUCACAACCAAAAGCCGCGGAGACAAAUUUAGUAGGGAUGCCUGUGAUGACAUUGCUUCCACCCUCGGUGCCUUCGCUCGCAACAUCACCUACGACAAUGCCGCGUGCAAGUUCAUUUUGGAGGUCAGCGUGUCUGCAGUGGCAGACAUCAUCAAAGAAAGGUUUAACAUGUCAAGGCUGGUGGUGGUGCGACCACUACCUUCCGAAGACUUCACGUCUGUGGUCAAGGAGGUGGCGAAGCAGGGAAAUGACUUCCGGACGCUGAACAAGGUUCUUGCCGACGACAAGAUAGAGGAGGUGUUGAAGCACUACUACAUCCGCACAGGGGGCAACUUCCGCGACUUGGGCGAGAUACUGGAAAACGUCUCCAGAGAAGGUCAGAAAGGUGCGGAUGUGGUCAUCAAGCGGGUUGAGCAGUGGUACAAGCGGAGGGUGGAACCAAUUCAAAGGAAAUUGGAUGACCAGGAAGUGAAGGACUAUCUCCUCAAGGUGGCAGAGGCAGGACCCAUGGGGUAUCUCCCAGAGAGCGACGAAGACACCAAAAUGGCGUUGAAGCUUCUUCGUGAGGAGCCAGCAGACUGCGUCCUGAGGAGUACAACCAGUGAAACUGUGGCUUUGAAGCAUUGGCAUUUCGUCGCCAAGCUCUUUCAAGAGGAUGAGCAGAAGUUAAGAGAUGCAGGAUACAUGUGGAGCCAUGACGUUUUCAUGCCCAUUGGCAACACCUUCAAACGCUUCAGCGUCAGCGCCAAUGGCACGAACAUCAACCACACGGUGAACACGGACCUUGGUGACAACAACACCCAUACUUUGGGCGAAUCGGCCACUUCCCGCAGCUUUGAGGACAUCGACGAUUCAGAUGACGACACUUAA